AAAAUUUUAUAAUUAAAUUAGCCAAUUGGCGACGUGGACAAUUGAACACCACUCCUUUUUAAAUGUUCGAUCUGCCGCGCAAAACCAUAACACCAUCUGUUCCAUUUUCAUUCGAGAUGUUGACACUGUUGAUAUUAUUGCUUUUUCCGCUGGUUUUUUUCGUCGUUCGUAAAUACUGCCUGAGAAAAUUCAAAUCUGGCAAAAAUGUUUGUGUGUUGGUGCUCGGUGAUAUUGGCAGAAGCCCGCGGAUGCAGUAUCACGCGGUUUCGUUCGCACGAGAGGGCUUUACCGUGGAUAUUAUAGGUUAUCCUGGCUCGCCGCCGAUAAGAGAGAUCAGCGAGAAUGCGCGCGUGCGAGUCCACUACUUGCGACCGCCUCCCGAAUUGCGAGAUAGAUUACCACGUCUUCUCUGUUACGUGAUAAAAGUUGUUUGGCAAACUGUUGAUCUCUCAUGGAUGUUGCUUCGUAAACAUAUGUCUGAUUUACUAAUAACACAGAAUCCACCUGCUAUACCAACCAUUCCAGUAUGCUGGCUAUAUUGUGCAUUGAUAGAAGCACAAUUUAUGAUUGAUUGGCACAAUUAUGCUCAUUCAAUUAUGGCAUUAAGCCUGGGAGAAAAUCACAUUUUAGUUAUAUUGGCAAAAAUUAUUGAAACAACAUUUGGUUAUAGGGCGAAGCAUAAUUUCUGUGUCACCAAAGCAAUGAAAGAAGAUUUGGAAAAGAGAUGGGAUAUUCGAGCAAAGGUCCUGUAUGAUAGGCCAACAGAUAAAUUUCAUCCAAUAACUUUAGCAGAGAGAAAUGAAUUUUUGCGUAAGUUAGUUGAAAAGUAUAAUAUAUCAAUACCUUCAAAAGGUACUAAAAGAUCUGGCUUGAUUGUAUCCAGCACUAGCUGGACUGAGGACGAAGAUUUCUCGAUCCUGUUAUGUGCAUUACAAGAGUAUGAAGAUGCGUGUGAAGAUGGCGAGUUAAAUUUACCAGAUUUGGUCUGUGUAAUAACUGGCAAAGGACCAUUAAAAGACUUCUAUAAGGCUAUUAUUAACUUAAAAAAAUGGAAACAUGUUGAAGUAAAGACACCAUGGCUUGAGAAUGAAGAUUAUCCCAAAAUAUUAGCUAGUGCAGAUUUAGGUGUAUGCCUUCACAUCUCAUCCAGUGGAUUAGAUUUACCAAUGAAAGUCGUUGACAUGUUUGGCUGCCGUUUACCAGUUUGCGCAUAUAAUUUUAAUUGCUUAUCCGAAUUAGUGAGGCAUAAUGACAACAGUUUGGUGUUCACGAACGAGAAAGAUUUGGCUGAACAAUUGAAAAUGUGGUUCCGAGAUUUCCCUAAUAAUGAGACACAACGACAGUUGUAUGAAAAAUUUCAAGGAAACAUGUUCACAUCGCAGCAGAAUGAUAAUGAUUGGCACAGUAAUUGGAAACUGAACGUAUUGCCUUAUUGUCAAGAGUGAUUUCUAGUGUGUACUUUGUACUGUUUUGAAGAGACAUUAUCGUUUCAGAGGUAAAAAAACAUGACUUUUUUUACAUUUUGUGAAGGUAUAUAUUUUUAAAAAUUUAUCCUUAAAUUUUUCGAAAAAAGCGAAAAAUUGUGGAAGUUGCAGCCUAUUAUUAAAUUUUAUUCAACUUUUAUCCAACUAUUUUUUAUUCAACUAUUUUAUCUAAGCUAUCGUUUGAGACUACUCAGAACUUGAUCGGU